GGGGCCGUGACUAGGUGACGACGGCGGCGAGCGAUUGGGCGAAGCAGGAAAUGUCAGACGCCUCCGUGGUUCGGCUGGGAGCCGGCUUAAAGCUUUCCUGUGGAGAUCCGGGUCGCUGCCUGAGGAGGGGAGUCCUGGAGCCGCGCUUGAAGGAGUCCCGCUGAGGGGAGCAGUCGUUUGGGGACGGAGGGAAGCGGCGCCCUGCAGUGGCUCCGGCUGACAGGCGCGGGCGAGAGACGCGGAGAGAGGAUGGGGGCGAGGAGAGGCCUGGCCGCGUCAGUGCUGACUGUGACCCUCUUCUAAAUGAGCUAUACAUUCUGGUUGGAGUCAGAGGACAAUAAUGAGUGGUGCAGCUUUGGGCAUUGAGAUAGUUGUUGUCUUCUUUCUGGCAUUAGUCAUUCUACAUCGGUAUGGAGACUUUAAAAAACAACACAAGCUUGUGAUUGUAGCAACACUACUAGCUUGGCAUCUUUGUUUUCUCAUAAUCUUCAUAUUGCCUUUGGAUGUCACUACGACUAUAUACAAUCGAUGUAAACAUGAUGCCAAUGAAUCAUACACUCCUCCUCCCGUCAACAGUGGGUCACCACUGCAGCAACAAUAUGCUAGAAAACCAGAAUGCUUCAAGCCAUGGAGCUAUAUUCCUGAUGGAAUUAUGCCCAUCUUUUGGCGUGUAGUAUAUUGGACAUCACAGUUCUUGACAUGGAUUCUGUUACCCUUUAUGCAGUCGUAUGCUAGGUCAGGAGGCUUUUCUAUUACUGGAAAGAUUAAAACAGCACUAAUUGAAAAUGCUAUCUAUUAUGGGACAUACCUUCUGAUUUUUGGAGCUUUCUUAAUAUAUGUGGCUAUAAAUCCAAACAUCAGCCUGCAAUGGAAUCAACUUCAGACAAUUGGAAUAGCUGCUGCCAACACCUGGGGGCUCUUCCUCCUAGUGUUGCUGUUAGGGUAUGGCCUAGUUGAAAUUCCACGCUCUCACUGGAAUGGAGCCAAGAAAGGUUACCUUCUCACUAAGACUUAUUUCAAAGCUGCUAAACUGAUGACUGAGAAAGCAGAUGCAGAAGAAAACUUGGAGGAUAUUAUGGAGGAGGUCCGCAAAGUGAACGAAAGCAUCAAAUACAAUCACCCUUUGAGGAAAUGUGUGGAUACCAUAUUAAAGAAGUGUCCUACUGAGUAUCAGGAAAGAAUGGGUAGAAACAUGGAUGACUAUGAAGAUUUUGAAGAAAGGCCCAAUACUUAUCCAACAGAGAAAAGCCUGGCCAAACUUCAUAAGCAGGUCAUUUAUUCGGUUCAAAGGCAUCGUCGUACACAGGUCCAGUGGCGAAUUCUUCUGGAGCAAGCUUUUUACCUGGAGGAUGUGGCAAAAAAUGAAACCAGUGCCACUCGGCAGUUCGUUCAUACUUUUCAGGCUCAAGAACCUGAAAACAAAAUUACCCGAUAUCUCUAUACACCUACUGUUGAAUGGUAUUGGGAGUGUCUUCUGAGACCGUGGUUUCACAGGAUUCUCGCCAUUAUUUUGGCCACAUUUUCUAUCAUUGUUGUGUGGUCGGAAUGCACGUUUUUCAGUCCAAAGCCAGUUCUGUCCCUGUUUGCAGUCUUCAUACAACUAGCAGAAAAGAGUGACAACUAUUUCUAUAUAGAGAUGGCCUGCUUCUUUACCAUCUUUUUCCUCAGUAUCUGUGUUUACUCUACCGUCUUCAGGAUCCGUGUGUUCAACUAUUAUUAUUUAGCUUCGCACCACCAGACAGAUGCAUAUAGUUUGCUUUUCAGUGGCAUGCUGUUCUGCCGUUUGACUCCUCCGCUAUGUCUGAAUUUUUUGGGCUUGACUCAUAUGGAUUCAGCAUUUUCUCAGAAACACACUGAUCAGCAAACUGCAUAUACAUCUAUUAUGGGAUCCAUGAAAGUGUUGUCCUUCAUUGCAGAUGGGUUUUAUAUCUAUUAUCCCAUGCUGGUUGUCAUUCUCUGUAUUGCUACUUACUUCAGUUUAGGAACUCGGUGUUUGAAUCUUCUGGGAUUCCAGCAGUUCAUGGGAGACAAUGAGAUGACCUCAGACUUAGUCGAUGAAGGGAAAGAGUUAAUCAGAAGAGAAAAAAGAAAAAGGCAAAGGCAAGAAGAUGGUGAAAAUAGGAGAAGGGAGUGGAAAGAACGCUAUGGAAACAACCGUGAAGAUUCAGCUAGAAACAGAAACGUUCAAGCAGACCAAAAAGAGUCUAGUUUCACAGAGACUAACACAAACAGAUCGGUAGCCUCUAAGUACACCAGGUCAAAUGGGAGGAAUGAAAGGGAUAGAGUUGAGCUUCUCCAGGAUGCAGAACCUCUGGACUUUAACGCUGACACAAUCAGUGAAGAUCCUCUUGACUCUGAUUCAGGAAGGUAUCAACCUGGUGGAAGAUACUUGUCAAUGUCACGAAGCAGAAUAUUUGAUGAUGUCUAAACCCACAGAACUCUGAAUCUCUCAUCCAUUGCUUUGGGGAAUGCUCUUUCGGUAACACGUCCUGCAACCAAAACAACCUCACUUUACCAAAACAAACAGGAAUGUUGGAAGUAACGAACUUUUCCCCUUAAAAUGCACUUUGUAUAAUUAGUUGCCCAAUUUGUAACGGGCUCUAGCAUUGGUUUCUGAAACUGGGACCACCUCAGCAGUGCCUUUCCCAUCUUUUCCCUCAUUCCCGCAAAACCGCGCCACUGCUCCUACCAUGAUAUGGGAAUUGGGAACUAUUGGCACCUAGUAGUGUGGUAAGAGAGAAAGUUUGACACAGAAGAGAGUGGGGAAAGAAGAGAUUUGGGGGUGGGAAUGGGAUGCUAGACAGGGGGCAAAGGGGUUCUUGCCUUUUGGGGUCGGUCUUGUGGGUAUGAUCUCUUCUGAACUGGAAACCUUGCGUUAAAUUUUUUUAGAAGCCUCUCUGCUAGAAUUCACUUGUAUGCUGGCAGCCAUUGAGGCAUAGCGGUUUAUGAUUUUGUCUUUUACAAUUGGAUCAAGAAAAUAAUUCCAGCCUGUUAUAGGUUGAUUCAGUUUUAAAUAAAUGUAGGGCUCAAACAGACUGGUUAUUCAUACAUGUUGGAGGUUAUUUGGAUUUUCUUUUCUUUCUUUCUUUCUUUUCUUUUUGGAAGGCUCUUAGUUUUUAAGAAGGUAUCCUAAAAGUCUAAUGCAAUCAGGUCAUCCUACGUGCGGGUUUACGGACUACUUUCUAUUCAAACUGUGGGCGUGAUUGAAAAAGCCACUCAAGUUCUUAAAGAGCUGAAGAGAUUUUAAAUACAAGUUGGUACUUUUAUCCUCGGGAAUGCCUGCACAUAGAUCACCAGAAUAGAAAAUAAUUUCUGUCAGCAUUAUAUACAUAUGAAUGGCGUUGGCAUGCACAAUAGCAAAGACCGAAUAGAACCUUAAAUGUUCAUCAGCACUGAUUUAAAUUCAUAUAUGCUAGCAUCUGCUGCUGAGACUCUCUUCCAGCCAAACCAUGUUUAGUGGCUCUGAAUGUGCAAAUGUUUAAUCUUCGCUGCAGGCAAGUUCAUCAUAUCAAAAGUAUUGUACAGUUCACAUAGUUCUUGCAGUGUGUGUAACUGGACCCUUCCUUUUGAAGAAAUGAACUUCUAUAGCAUGAUUCCUUAUUGGUAAAUAGCACAGGUGAUGUCCCAAUUGCAUUGCCUUACAUACAUUUUUAUGAUAUCUGCACUUUUUGCAGUCAGUACAAAUUUUGCACUGCAAAAUAAUAAAUGCUUGCUCCAUGUCAGUCAGCAAAUAACAUUGAUAAAAAAAAUGUACAUAACUGCCUUCAUGAGUGCUGGGUGAAAAUACAGUGUAAACAGGCCCAGAGAAAAUCAAAAGCAAAUGUGGAAUGAUUUUGAGAAAAAUGUGCAUUUGUCAUUAAGUCAGCAUUGUUUGCUUUCUUGAAACUAAGGCUAGUGGUUAGGUGUGACCAUUCAUUGCAAUGCUAUGUGGGUGUAAAUAUCUACUCUGACCUAAUAGUGUGUUUCAUAUUCAAGGAUAAGCUGUUAGCAUAUUAUGAGAUUCUUGAGUUUUUUAGGAAAGCAAAAGAUUUGUGCACAUUGUGUACUGAAUAGUAAGGCGCGCACGCUGUUCAAAUUCCAUUGAUUUCGAUAGGAUUUAAGCAGCCUAAUGCUGCGUAGGACUGCAGCUUUAGGGCUUGUCUAGAAGUCACUAGAUAUAUGGAGCAACCACUGUUCUCUCACACUUCCUCAGAAUAUCUAGGGAAGAAAUCCGACAUCCCAGUUGCAGGAUGAUAUUUCCCCACCCACCCCAAACAACUGUUCAACCCUCUGAGGGUGUAUGGGAGGUCAGCAGGAGGACUUGCCUCCUCCCAUUCUCCCACUGAGGGGUACUUAAUCAGAUAGCACCCCAGGUAAACAAUACGUGAUGUACUGGGCACCCUCGCCUCCCAUCAUUGGCUAUUGGUCAUGAGGGCAGGGAAAUGUCAAAUACAGAAGUUGUAAGGCAGAGGUGGAAGCAAAGAGGCACGGGCUGGGGGCUGAUCCCUGUCUCUGACAAUGUUUAGUUAAGCCCUGAGCUUUCAUUUGGGGUGCGGGGGACAGUACUGAUAUGAUUCACGGUAGCUUCAGUGAAGUGUCAUUCCAUGUAAUGCAUAUGUUGAAAGUGAAUGGCUGUUGAAAGCAUGUCAUCUGUUCACAAUGGUUUGCAAUAUCAUUUUCAUGAAUGUUGGGAUUCCAUCCAAGACCAUACAGCUUACCCAAGUCCUAAAAUAAAUGGUCUAAUGCUGAAUCCCAGUGCAUACACUACUUUUGUAAAUCCAUUGGCUCCUUAUAUAGAUCCUAAGCAGAUAUAAAUCCCUUAAAAAUGGCACCGAAGUAAAGUUUUAAUAAAAUAACGUAGAGCUUUUAUCUCUGGAAAACACUGAUUGAAAAGGAAAUGUUGGGAAUUAUGGCUUUGGACAGGAUUUUCACAUGAUGAAAGUGUGUGUGAGAGAGAUUUUUAAAUUUUGCAGCUAACUAGCAAAAAUUUGCAGAAAUUAAACAUUUCAUCAGGAUUAGCAUCAGUUUAGUUUUAAUUUUAAACGUGUGUUUUGGAAAUCUCUUAGCUAUCACAGGGAGACUUAAACUUGCCGUUUCCAUUCUUUAAACAGUUAAGAAAAGUUACUUCAGAAAUAUCAAAUCCAUUUAGAACUAUUACGUCUGCUAUGUGUUUUUUAAUCCACAGGAGGAGGUCUGGUUAAUAUUUUUACUAGUUUACUUAAGCUUACAGCGAGUCUGCCGAAAGCUCACUAAGGAUUUGAUAGAAGACAUUGAUUGCUCAAAUGCUGCAUUGCAAAGUAGCAGCUCACCUCCUAUUAUGGAAGGCAAAUGCCUGAGCUUGCCUUGCUUAAACCGAUGGUUAUCAUAUGUUCUCGGGCGACUUUCAGUACAAGUGGAGGUGCAUUGGUAUUACCACAAAACAAACUGUGCCUCAUUAGAGUUCCCUUUGAGAAGGCUUUUUUGCUGCGAUAGUACUGUAUCCAGCACCCCUUUGGGGGAUUUGGCAGUGCUUUCAAAGUGAGGCCAGGCUGCUUUGGUGUAAGCAUGUGUAGGAUUCAGUCCCAGAGACUUACAUUGCAUGGUAUUGCUGAGAUUUCAGUGUCUUGCUCUUUUACACAUUGCUGUGGAACUUCAAGCCAAAGCAGAAGUAUUGAAAACAUUUUUGCUUUUUCUUAGGGUAGCGCAGUGAACCAAUUAAGUGGAUAACGCACAGAAAUGUAGUUUUUUCAAGUUGUCAGUUUCUAAAAUACUAACAGUACUAGGAUGCAACAGUGUUGAGAUUCUAUAGUGUGCAUGUUUGUGAUGCUGACAAAUACUUUGAAUUUGUAAGAAUUUUCUGGUAGCUGACAAUUGUGUGUUUUAUAAGAAUUUUAGAUUUCUUGUUUCAGCUCGAAUCUGAGGGGAUACGGUUUUCUUAGCAGCUGUAAUCAUGCAAGACUUGUAUUUGCCAUUGAUUUCUUUCCCUGUUAAUGCCUCAUGGUAAAAUACUUGUUGCUUUCCUAUUGGAAACAGCAGAAAUAAUUGCUUUGUAAACAGCAUUGGGGUUUGGAGUCUUGAACAGUGAGAUGUAUAUUUGCUGCCACUGUAUAAUUGUUAUUUAUAUAUAACAAGGGAUAUAUGAAUUACUGUCUGAUAAAUUAAUUUAAAUUGUAAUGCUGUAUAUUAGUUGGAAAUAAAAUUAACUUUAUUAUA